GCAAGGAAAACCAUAUAGAUAACAACAUAUCAUACAUUAGUGUUUAUAAAACAUACACAUUUUACAUGUAUUAUGUUUCCGGUUUUAUGAAGAAAAAAAUGGUUUUAAUUACAGAAAAUGGUUUACAUCUUACAUUUUAAUGGCGAAGUCAGAAAGGAUAACACAUCUUAACUAUAAUAUUGUUGUCAUGGGCGAUCCUUAUUGUGGAAAAUCUUCAAUAAUCGAGAGAUAUGUAACCGGGAAAUAUGGUCCUAACUAUAUACAAACAAUAGGUUCCGAGUAUGCAAAGAAAAAACUCGAAAUAGAGGGAAAUCCAGUUAUGUUAUAUGUAUAUGACACUGCUGGGCAGGAAGAUAUGAAAACUGUAAUCAAAAGUAUCUAUAGGAAAGCUCAGGGUAUAUUGCUAGUGUUUGAUUUUUCCAGAAAGAAGACAUUUGAUCAUAUACGAGACUGGAUAGAUCUGAUUCAAAUGAACUGUGAUAUCACUCCGGAGAUGGUGUUAGUUGGCAACAAAGUGGACCUUCAACACUUACCUGUAACUACUGCUGAUGUUGAAGUGUUUGCAGAAUCUCAUAAUCUACCAUUUUUAAAUGUGAGCGCCAAACGGAAUUAUAACAUUGAGGAGGCAUUUAACAAAUUGUCCAAGAACAUAUUUAUAAACAGAAAGAGGUUGUAUCCCUGUAAUAUGGUCACGAGUAUCCAGUUAAAACAAGAUCAGAACGAAAACAAUAACUCCUGUUGCUCCUAGCAAUAAUCAUCCUUGUGUUUGUUGUUUGUGGAAGCAACUUCCAAGAGCGACAACCGCUGCAGGAAUACAGAAAGUAUAGGCAUACAAGAGUUACCGUAUUGUGACAUUUUUCAAAAUGGAUUUUUGUGUACAUUUAGAGCUACCUUUUAGUGCUUUACUGACUUUUUAUUCGUUUUUAUCUCCACAUAAUAGUUGCAACGUAUGUUGUUCAAUCAAACCUCCGAUGUGUUCUUUCAAAAAUUAAAAUUAUUUUCGUUUUUAAAAACACAUAUUCUAUUAAUCUUCUACAUUUGUAUAUCUAUUUGUCAUGACAGUAAACAGUAUCAAGAAUAAGUAUUACUGUCAUAUUUUAGAGUAAUGUUAAAUCAUGUACAAUAUCAUAUACAAGGUUAAACACAAGAUUAGACCAGUCACAAUUCACUCUCCGUCUCAACUUAAAACUGAGUUGACAAACAAUAUCAUAUGAGCCGCGUCACGACAAAACCAACGUAAUGCGUUUGCGACCAGCAUGGAUCCAGACCAGCCUGCGCAUGGAUCAUGAUCAGACUGCGCGGAUGCGCAGGCUGGUCUGGAUUCAUGCUGGUCGCAAACGCAAUAUGUUGGUUUUGUCAUGACGGGGCUCAUAUCUUAAUGAGGUUUGACAUGAAUGGAUUAUAAACUCGUAGUAACAAUGCUGUCGAGCAUGAGAAUGUUAUAAAGUCACUGAUUAAACAUGACAAAAAAUCUUCAGAUACUUUAUUGAUCAAUAAUAAAUCCUGGUUUCAUUUAGAUCUAUUGGAUUUCUUUUACUUGAAGUAUUUAUUUACCUUUUUGUAUUAACCCUUUUUUUCAAAAGCCACAUUUUUUGGCCUCAUUUCAUAUAAAGGAAGGCCGUUGUAUAUAUACUGUGUUGAGACGGAAAUUGUAUAUAGCUUCAUAAAUAGCCCAUUCUGUUUACAUACAUUGAUAUGUUAUCAAAAUAAUUGUUUAUUCUUCACAGUGAAUUAUUUGCUCACAUUUGAUUAUAGAUUAUGAAAUAUUUACUGUAUGAAAAUAAAACCUACUUCAAAUGAAGUGAA